AUGGUGUAUACAUCUAAAUUGUAUCAUGUGGCACCCACUCAUCAGUACAGGUUCAGAAAAAGGUCUUUCAGCAUUGCAGGGAGGCAUGAAGAUCCACCAAGUAUUGAACCUGAGGUUUUGAUGACUAAAGAUACAGAACGUAGUAACAGUUGGGAACGUGCUGAAAGAGAAAGAGAUAUACGUCAAGGAAUUGACCUGGCAACCACGUUGGAACGCAUUGAGAAAAAUUUUGUGAUAACGGAUCCUAGACUUCCUGAUAACCCAAUUAUAUUUGCAUCUGAUAGCUUUCUCGAAUUGACAGAAUAUGCACGUGAAGAAAUCUUAGGAAGAAAUUGCAGAUUUCUUCAAGGACCUGAAACAGAUCAAGGAACUGUUUCAAAGAUAAGAGAUGCUAUCAGAGAACAAAGGGAAAUAACUGUUCAGUUGAUCAACUACACUAAGAGUGGAAAGAAAUUCUGGAAUUUAUUCCACUUGCAGCCUAUGCGAGAUCAAAAGGGGGAGCUUCAAUACUUCAUCGGUGUCCAACUAGAUGGAAGUGAUCACGUGGAACCCCUGCGAAACCGCCUCUCAGAGACUUCAGAACAACAAAGCACCAUGUUGGUCAAAGCUACUGCAGAAAAUGUUGAUGAAGCUGUAAGAGAACUUCCAGAUGCCAACUUGGUAAGGUUAAUGAAUAGAGCUACCUUGAGAGGUUAG